CACAAAUUCCUCAAACAGCCAUUAGGUCAGGAUUUCAUUCAACUUCAGCAGCAGCCAGCACCCCAUAAACCCUUACCUCGUGCGGCACAACCAGUCCUAGCCUGGCGCGUGGCUCUCCCUGGACCGCAGCUUUCCCCGUGCCAGCGUCCCAGCAGGCAUUCCAAAGCCUGUGCUUCCUCCUGGUUUACAUCCCAGUCCUCACGGGCUUCCUUGCUCCGCGUUGCAGGGCAGGGCUGUCCUGGAGGAUCGCCGUGGGGUGAGAGAAUGAAGAAUCCGGCCGGGCAGCAGCAGGAUGGGGCGGCAGGACCUCCCACGCGCUGACGGGCCCCCGCCGAUGCUCCCGUGGCCGCUGGCCCUGCUGGCCCUGAGUGCGUGCUGUCGCUGGGGGGUGGCCGGCGGGGCGGGCAGCACAGUGCCCCAGCAGCAUGCUGCCCCCUCGACCCCUUCCUCUUCGUCCUCCUCCUCCCCCUCCGCCCGGGCACCCCUCGACUGGCUCCUCACCGACCGCGGACCCUUCUACCGAGCCCAGGACUACGUGGACUUCAUGGAGCGCUACCGGCAGGGUUUCACCACCAGGUACAGGAUCUACAGGGAGUUUGCUCGCUGGAAGGUGAAUAACUUGGCCUUGGAGAGGAAAGACUUCUUCAGCCUGCCGCUUCCCCUGGCCCCCGAAUUCAUCCGCAACAUCCGGCUGCUGGGACGCCGGCCCAGCCCCCAGCAGAUCACCGACAGCCUCAUCAAAAAGUAUGGGACCCACUUUCUGCUGGCUGCCACGCUGGGAGGAGAGGAGUCCCUGACCAUUUUUGUGGACAAGCGCAAGCUGAGCCGGAGGGCAGAGCCCGCCGUGGGGGCUGGGAACAGCUCGGGGGUUUCUCUGGAGACCCUGCACCAGCUGGCAGCCUCCUACUUCAUCGACAGGGAGAGCACACUCCGCCGGCUCCACCACAUCCAGAUCGCCACGGCCGCCAUCAAGGGCAGAGCACGGAAAGUUAACACAUUCCCGUUAUUUACGGGAAAUUGGGCACGCUAAUAAAGGCACAUUAUUCAGCGGGCUGCAGGCAGGGCUGCCGCCUGUCAACCAGCCAAUUAGCAGGUAAUUAGCUCUCCUCUCCGAGC